CCCGUGAGCGGCCAGAGGAGUCAGAGCGGCCAGAGAGUUUUACGGCAGUGACGAGCCGGAAAGCGUGUGAGUGCAGCGCAGGGGCGUUUAAGUCUGUUUUCCGGAUUCUGGGGUCUGGAGGCGAAGCAUAUUAUAUAUAAAAGUGGAUCCAUGAUAAAUGAAAAUGGCCAAUUCUUUAAGAGGAGAAGUAUUGAAUCUUUAUAAAAAUCUGCUGUAUCUUGGACGAGACUAUCCAAAAGGAGCAGACUAUUUUAAAAGGCGUCUGAAGAAUGUUUUCCUUAAAAACAAAGAUGUGAAGGACCCAGAGAAGAUCAAAGAACUUAUUGCACGGGGCAAAUUUGUAAUGAAAGAACUAGAAGCAUUAUACUUCCUUAGGAAAUACAGGGCUAUGAAACAACGCUAUUAUUCAGAUACCAACACAACUAACUGAUCACUAUUACUGUAAUUUGGAUGAAAGUCAGUGCCAGCUGCUUAUGUGUACCAGAUAUUACAAAAGUAAUUCUAACUUAAAAUGUCAAGAAAUAUACAUUGUGGUAAAAAAAAAAAAACAAAAACGUGAGCUGCCUUACUGAACUAAAAUGAAUUUCAACUUCUAUUCAUACUAAGAGUUUUAUCAGAAACUUUUAUGCUCAAUUUUUAUACUAAAAUAGCAAUUUAACUAUGUAUUAUUUCCAAUUACCCAUUAAAAAUUGAUGAGCACCCAAUUUUGAAUAGACAUAUAAUGUACUGAAUUUUUAAUUGUAAAUUUUUGCCAAUUAUCCUUAGCCCAUUCCUACAUUUUCCUGAAAAGAGAAUGCUUUUUAAUGCACAUUUAAGUAAUAAGCAAAAUCAUUUCUUGCAAAUUUACUCCCCUGAACUUUUGAAGGAGUUCCUUAUUUUUGACCCCACUUGGUACAUAAACAGUACAUAUUCAAGGUUCAUUGCAAAAGAAAUAGCAUCUGUUAGUGAUUUAAGCGCAGUUAGAAAUAAUAUUGAGCAAGGUUACUCCUGAACUUGAAAGAGCCUGCCAGCAAUUGGCAUUACAUAUAUACUUAUUUAAUUAUUUCCAUUAUUACAUUAAUUUUGUCACUAGCUGCCUUAGGGCCUUAAAAACAAACAAACAAACAAAAAAAAACCCCUGUUGUGUAUCACUUACCUUCUUCAAUAAAAAUAAUGUUACUCUUU